AUGAUGCGUCCAAUCGACCGCAUCUGGACAGUCGUCCUGUUCGUCGUCCUCUCGGUGAUCGACAUCGCCUUCAACGCCGCAGCCGGCCCCGCAGCAGUCGCUGCCGGAGCACACGUCGAAGGCAGCCCCGUGACGGCACAAGCCCUCGGCCUCGGCGCACAGGGGGGAGCUACCAAGGCCGGAAUCUUGGCAUUCCUCGGGUUUCUGGGAUUGGCAAAGCUGACCAGCGUCGCGGCGACGAUGCUGAUUAUCAUCAUGGCGACGAUAUUUGGGAUAUGCGUCCUCGUGACCGCGCAGGUGUCAUAUGCGCUUAUAGGAGACACUCCCACGGCGCUUCUCAGAGCUGCACUAGUGGCUGCGCUGCCGCUGCAGUUACCGGAGGGUUAUGGGAUGUAUUUUGCCGUCAACAGGUACAGGAAAGAGGACAAAUUCAGCGGCGAGUCGACCAACACCUUCCACUACUCAAGAACGCUAGGCUUAUGGAUCACGACAGUGGCCUGGGAUGCGCUGGGAGGAGUGGCUUUUGCAUCGGUGGCACAAAACCUAGGUUCCGGCACUGGUACCCGUGACAACUCUCCAUCUCAAGAUAGGUCCGAAAUAACCGCGACCGGAGACGGAGCCGAUUGGCUUGGCGAUGAGGAGUUUAGUCAGGUGCCCCGGUGGAGGAGAGCGUCGGUUUACUGGCUGAUUGGGCCAUAUUUGCUAUUUACCCUUGCCUUUGGCGGCUCCAUUGUCCCAAAGCUUAAUCUGAUCUUGGAUCUUGUCUGUAAUCGUUACUUGUCGGAACGAGCGCAAUCAGACCCCGGCUUUGUCUUCAUUCCAGUAGUCCCGGGUCUCGAUGACGCACAGUGCACCUCUGGACCGACCCAAGCCCGUGUGCAAAGAGAGGCUGCCACGUUCAUGAUGACGAUGAAUCUCAUCACCGGUCUGCUGAGCGCCUUUACUGUUCCCAAGAUCGGCUCCCUGUCUGACCGCUACGGCCGAAAGCGUCUGCUGGUGGUAGCUUCGGCCGGCGGCAUCAUUGGAGAGCUUGUUGUGAUCCUGGCCGUCAAGUUCCCCGAGACGGUGCAUCUCAACUGGCUAUUGGUUGCUGCCGCUAUGGAUGGACUCGGCGGGUCAUUCACUGCGGCGUCCGUGGUCAGUCACUCGUAUGUGUCCGACUGCACGCCUCCUCGGAAGCGCGGUGUGGCUAUCGGGUACCUGCACUCGGCCUUGUACGCCGGCUUGGCAUUUGGCCCCGUGCUUGCUGGUUACAUGGUUGAGAAGUUGACGCACGAGCUGGUCUCGGUGUUUUACGUGACUCUUGGUUGCCACGUUUGCUUUGUCGUCCUGAUGCUCACUAUAGUUCCCGAGUCUGUCUCCCAAAAGAGGCAGAUGACAGCUCGUGAGAAGCACACUGAGGACGGCGACCGACGGGCCAAGCGGAUCGUUGCUUGGACUGGCAACUCUGCACCUUGGUACAGGAGGGUUGCGGCAUCGAUCCGAGGUGCACCGAACCCCCUGAGACCUCUCAAGGUGCUAUACCCCCGGGGCGCCACCAAUGCUCCCGUCCGACGCAACCUGCUCUUGCUGGCAACCAUCGACACCAUGUUCCUCGGCGCCACCAUGGGCUCCGGCCAGGUGACGAUCCUGUACAGUGAACUGAUGUUUGGCUGGCGCAACCUCGAGACGUCCAACUUCGUGUCGUUGGUGUCACUUGUGCGUGUGUGCGCCCUUUUGGGGAUCUUGCCAGCGUUGAACUACGUGUUCCGCAUCCGACCCGCCGCACGCAAGAGGGCCCUGGGCCAUGGCGUCGCUAUCGAGAAGAACAAUGCGGGCUCCGACGGGCUGGAUACGUGGCUGCUGCGCGGCGCCAUCUUUUCAGACAUCCUUGGCGUCGCCGGUUACAUCCUGGUGAGGACGCCGGCCUUGUUUCUCGUUAGUGCCGUCGUGGCCUCCUUGGGUGGGCUGGUGGCUCCGACCUCCCAGUCGGUGCUCACGAAGCAUGUUCCAGCCGACCAAGUUGGGUCUCUUCUCGGCGCCAUUGGUCUGUUGCAUGCCCUUGCCCGGGUCCUGUUCCCGUUCGUCAUCAGCGGGUUAUAUGCAGCGACUGUCGAGUCAUUUCCACAGGCUGUCUUUGUACUGUUGGUGGUCAUUUUCGGCAUCGCGCUAUGCCUGGCCUUUUUUGUGAGGCCCCAUGUUUACAUGAAGGAGGUGACCGAUGAUGACGUCUCGCCGACUCCAGCCAGGGCCUGGGAUUACGAGGAUGGAGUUUCUGACGAGGAGGUUGUCCCUAGAAGCUUCCAUGUUUCAAACAUGCUAAAAACCCCAUUGGCAUCGGCAAUCACCGCGCGGCUGUACAUCCCCAAACCCACCUCGACGGCCUGGAGCUAUCGACGAGUCAUCCCGACCAGCACCAACACUAGGGCUACCACCAUUCCCCAAAACACCAUCAAAACAACAACAGCCCUCGUCAGGAUGUCGUCGAGCUCGUCCGCGCAGGCCGCGCCCAAGGCCCAGUUCGGGCCCUACGAGGUGACGACGCAGGUGUUCCACCGCACCGCGCACUCGUUCGCGCUGGUCAACAUCAAGCCGCUGCUGCCGGGCCACGUGCUGGUGUGCCCGCUGGCGCCGCACCGGCGGCUGACGGACCUGACGCCGGCCGAGCUGACGGACCUGUUCGGCGCCGUGCAGCGCGUGCAGCACAUGCUCGCCCGCCGGUUCUUUUCUCCCGCCGCCGGCGUCCAGGGCGGGUCGUUCAACGUGGCGGUCCAGGACGGUCCCGAGGCGGGCCAGACCGUGCCGCACGUCCACGUCCACGUCAUCCCGCGGCCCAGGGGCAGCGAUGCCGCCGCCCGCGCCGGCGAGCCCGAUGAGGUCUACGUCGGCAUGGCCAACGAGGACGGCAACGUCGGCGGCGCGCUGUGGGAUCUCCACUCGGACAGGGCCGGGAGGCCGCUGCCCGGCGGUGGGUUCCCCAAGAUUGAGGAUGCCGAUCGCGUCGCGAGGUCCAUGGCCGAGAUGGAGGCCGAGGCUGCCGAGUUCAGGGAGCUGUUGAGGGUCAUGGAGGAUGAGGAGAAGCAUCGGAAAGGCUAG